AGAGGCUAGCAGCUGGUGUGAUGGAUGUAAACAGUGUCCAGAGAGCAGCUUCACUUCAGUAUCUGCGCAACCGCCGGUGAGGUGAGACAUGUGCCGCCCCGCUCCCCCACACACGUGACAUGUUGCUUGUGAUCGAUGUGCUCCUGAGUGCCUCCCCGUAGCCCCUUGAAGUGCCGGGAGUGUCGAGUGCCGGAGAGUGCCAUGGUACUGCCCUCCGCGACCCUGCACAUCGCCUCCAGUGCUCCCUAGUGAUUUUGAGGUGAUAGGUUCAGGCCUGUCGGUGUGCGAGGUGUGUGCACAGGAGCAAUACAGCGCUUACAGGUGUGUGCACAGGAGAAAUACAGCGCUUACAGGUGUGUGCACAGGAGUAAUACAGCGCUUACAGGUGUGUGCACAGGAGAAAUACAGCGUCUGACAGGUGUGUGCACAGGAGAAAUACAGCGCUUACAGGUGUGUGCACAGGGGAAAUACAGCGUCUGACAGGUGUGUGCACAGGAGAAAUACAGCGCUUACAGGUGUGUGCACAGGAGAAAUACAGCGCUUACAGGUGUGUGCACAGGAGAAAUACAGCGCUUACAGGUGUGUGCACAGGAGAAAUACAGCGCUUACAGGUGUGUGCACAGGAGAAAUACAGCGCUUACAGGUGUGUGCACAGGAGAAAUACAGCGUUGACAGGUGUGUGCACAGGAGAAAUACAGCGCUUACAGGUGUGUGCACAGGGGAAAUACAGCGUCUUUAAGUGUGUGCACAGGAAUUCACCGGUGACACGUGUGCACAGGAGGUCAGGUGUGCACAGGAAUAGUCACUUGUGCUCAGGAUUACAGCAAAGUCAGUUGUGCGUCGCGUCCUCCGAAGCAGCCAAGGAGAUGUCCGCGUGUUAAGUAGCCUGGACACCGCCGCGGCCUCACCUGCGGAGCGAUGGGCGAUGCUUCAGGCACGGGCGUGGUUGACCCUCAGGAGGCGGUGGACCAACUGUUCGGAGCGGGGCGGGCGCGGGUGGUGGACGCCGCAACCCGAACCACAGUGACGGAGCGGGAGGUGGUGUUGGUUAACGGCGUCGCGGUGCAGCUGGUUGGCGAGGACGGCGACCAGCUGCGUGCGGCGCUCCUCUCCGGGAAGCUGCCUGACCACGCGUUGGUGAGCCGCUUGUUGGCCUCCGUCUUGGGUGCUGACCUCCGGGGCCUCACCAAGCUUGAGACUGACCUGACUGUCACUUCUCAGGUCACCACGCGCGAUACCCUCACCGUACACCGCGCCGGCCGCCUGUUAGACCAGCGAUCCUCCGAGACCCGGCUUGACACGCGUCUUGAGGGACAUUGCCGCGACACCAUGCCCCCACACUGCCCCACCUCCCCCGCCGCACCCGCCGCCGCCGCGCAGGUGCCCCCCCCACAGGCUACCUCCGCACCCCCCUCCUCCGCCUCCACCUUCACCUCCUCCAGUCCCUCCUCCCUCAGCUCCUCCCCUUCCCCUCGACCCCCGUCAAGGGCAAGUCGCUCCCCACCUAGGACCCCCCCCAGAACGCCCCCCCGCUCCCCCCCCUCCUUCAGCCCUGACCUGGAGGAGGCGCUCUCUCGUACCUCACUGCACGAGCCCUGCGCCCCGCCCCCUGCCGCCGCCCCCGCCUCAGCCCCCGCCCGCCCCAGGAACGGCGAGUAUGUUCGUCUUCAUCACGUUCACCAGCCCACCAUCUUCGGAACAGUGGCGGGAGACCUCAGCCCACGCAACCACAAAACGCGGGUGAGUCUGUCUGGCCUGUAUCUGUUCCCUGUGUUCCCUGUCACUGUGCCUUCUCUCAAUACCCUGCCACUUCUACCCUGCACCUCAAGUCACUCCCUCUCACCUUUCCUCUUUUACCCUGACCCCUCGUACCCUGUCUUACCCUUCUACUGUCUAUUCUCUUUACCCUUCUCCUUUACCCUGUUUCUCCUACUCUGCCCCUCUCAUUAUAUCCCUCUUCUACCCUGUUCUCCUUGUACCCUGUCCCUUGUACCCUGUUCCUAGUACCCUUGCUCCUAUACUUUUCCCCCUUCUACCCUGCCUCUCCUACUCUCCCCUUUACCCUGCCAACCAAACCCAGCUCAAUCCUAUCAAAUCGAGCUUAAUCUAA